GUCGAUAAUAUUAAUUCGAUGUGUAUUCGAUUAAUCGUUCAAACCAUAAAACUUGCAAUUACGUUUUAAGUGUAUUUCUACAAAUAAGGGUGUAAUAAUUAAACAAUAAAUUUAGUUAUAUUUAAAAAACAUCUCAAAUGUAUUCUUUAAGAAGACUAUCCUUUUCGUUAAAUAAAUCUAUAAGAAAUUAUAUAAAAAGAUCCCUAACCUCUGAAUCUAUGGCUGAGGUAGCAGUGGAAAAUACAGAAAAAGAGAAAAGUAUUAUCGUUAAUAAAAGCGACAAAAUUACUUUAAUCGCUAUAAAUAGGCCAGAGAAGAAGAAUGCUUUGGACAGUGCAACAGCUCAAUUACUUUGUGAUGCAUUGGAUGAAUUUGAGAAGGAUGAAAAUGCUGUUGUGGGUGUAUUGCACGGUAUAGGUGGAAAUUUCUGUUCAGGUUUUGAUCUACAUGAAAUUGCAAAUUAUAAUCAAGAAAAAGAAGAUAAUCUACCACAAUAUGGAACACUGGCCAAUAAAAGCGAAUUGACCAGUAAACCAUUGGUAGCUUGUUUAAAUGGAUAUGUUUUGGGUGCUGGAUUAGAAUUGGCAUUAAUGUGUGAUCUACGAGUCAUUGAGGAAAAUGCUGUCAUAGGAUUUUUGAAUAGGCGUUUUGGAAUACCUAUUUUAUGCGGUGGUACAGUUCGUUUACCAGCAAUGAUUGGAUAUGCUAGAGCCAUGGAUCUAAUUUUAACAGGGAAAGCUAUUAGCGGAGAAGAAGCUUUCAAUAUUGGACUUGCCACUAAAUGUACUGCACACGGUACUGGUCUGGGUACAGCUAUCAAUUAUGCAAAAUCAUUGAUCAAAUUUCCGCAAAAAACUUUACUGGCAGAUCGUACCUCUAUGCACUUUGCUACUUUUUCGUCUAAACAAAUGGAUGAGGCAUUGCAAUUUGAAAAAGACAAUGCCCUUCAUCUUGUAACAGAAGAAGGCAUAGAAGGUGCAAAGAAGUUUGUCGAAGAAGGUAUAGGCAGACACGGAAAGUUUUAUAAUCUUACAAGCAAGGAUGAAAGUUUCAAAGAAUUAGAUAAAAGUCUUGUGUGACAUUUAACGACAAGAUUAAUAUAAUAAUUUGUAUAAACAAUAUUUCAUAUUUCCUAAUGUUCCAUGAUAUAUAAUUAAAUCGUACAAGUUCAUUCAAAAUUCAUACAAACAACGUGCAUAAGGAUGUAAAAUUUGUAUAAUUAUUUUUGUAAGUUUUUCUUUUGUCGAGUUUUCUUGAAAAUUUCCAUACACUUUUUCCCUAUCUUCUGACUUACAAGUGGUAUUAAUGUUGUAGUUUGAUCAUUAACGUUAUCUGCAUAUAAAAUGAUCCUAUGAAAUGAUAAGUAUAUAUAUUAUAAUUGAAAACUUACUUCCAAAGAUAACUACGAAAUAGGUGAUGCCAGGUUGUAGUAGAUAUAAACCUGAGGUAGAUGAUUCAGCGAUAGACAAAUUUUUUAAUUGACAAUUCAAUUCAUCGCAUAAAUCAAUUUUAUCUAGAAAUCCAUUCAUUAAACAUUAAAAGAUCUAAACGAUAUUUCAAAUAUAAAUUAAAAUAUAAAAUAUUUAUAUACAGGUAUUAUCCAAUCGUAUUACUUCUCGAAUGUAAUCUAAUAUAAGUCCAAUAGGACAAUCAAUAUUCACCAAGAUCUCUUUAUCGACGUCAUUACCAUCGUCAUCAUUAUUUUUCGAAAGACGUUCUAAAACAAUUCAUUUCAUUAAUAAAUAAUUACGAUUACGAUUCUAUCAUAAUAUAUUACCAUUAUAUUUGACCCUUAUGAUGCUCAUGUCGAAUUGAAAAUAAAUUGACGAUCGCGAUAUGCGCGAAAUUGUCUACGAA